UUGGCGGAAUUCACUUUUCGAGUGAAGCGCGGCACGUUCCGCGGUGGUUAAAAUCGGCGAGAGGAUCUUCAAUUGACUCCUCGUGCUCGCCGAUGAAGGAUGAUCUUCGCGAAGAAUCGUCGUCCGUUCGUCGACCUUCAUCGAUCCUCGUCUCGUCGAUCGCCAGUGUUCGUCAGACCGACAACGAGAGUCACGAGCCGUUAGAAAUACAAAGUUUCGAGGACUAAUUUCGGAGAGGGAGAAAGAGAGACCGUCUUCUCGCUGGAAGUUCUUUAGCAGCGAUCGAGAGAAACGAGCAAUUUCGUGGAUCGAGGGAAUUGUGAGUGCCGGUGGAAUCGAGUCUCUCGAGGGAGGAGAAAGAGAAAGAGAGAGAGAGAGGAUCAGAGUGAGAUGCACGGCCCACUGUGAAAAUGCUGGUGGACGAUUGUGGCAGCGCUAUGGGGUGGACUUCGGCCAGCGUGCGCGGAGGUUGGUCCACCCCGGGCGGCUGUAGAAAUUCAGCGAUGAACUUCGGUGGAAGCGUGCCCUCCCUCCAUCCCGCUGGAUCGAUAAGAUCGCUGCGAUCUCAGCAUUCUAUGCAGGGCGUGCCGGAGACACCGCGAAGAUGCAUGCACUGCCAUCCGGUACACGUGCCGAGCACCCCGAACAAUUACGUUCACCACCCGAUGCAGUACUACACGCCGAGUCACUGCCCCGAGCCCAGGAACGGUGUCUACACACCUCAUCGGGGCAGUUCUUAUCACGGUGAUACUCGGAUGCGUUAUAUGGACGCAGAAGGAAGUAUCCACGAUGGCAUAAUGGGGAAUAAUAAUUGGGUGCUUGGCGAUUUGAGAAGUCUACAUCGUUGCGUUCCAGCCUUUCGUCGUCCAGGUAUAGACAGCGUAGGUAUGCGAACGCACUUCUACCCAGAGGGUGGCUGGGGGUGGCUAGUUUGCGCAGCCGGGUUCCUCGCCCUGUUGCUCACCACUGGAAUGCAGCUCGCUUUCGGGCUUCUUCACGUUCACGCUCUGCGACGAUUCGGCGAGGAACACCUUAUGGAUCUCGGUCUCAGAGAUGAUUUGAUUUUCUUGUCAAGGUGGGAUUCACCUGGGACUUUUUGA